AUGUCGAAACGACAGAGAAAUUCGAGAACGCUCGCACUGUUCGAUGUCGACGGCACUCUCACUGCACCUCGCAAACGUGCAGAUGCCAACAUGUUGAAAUUUCUCAAAGAUCUGGGAGAGAAAAUUAGUGUUGGAAUCGUUGGCGGUAGCGACCUGAUCAAGAUCAAAGAACAGCUAGGAGAGGACGCCCAUAAAGACUAUGACUUCCUUUUUGCCGAGAACGGUCUUAUGGCAUUCAAGGAAGGGUCACUUUUAAAGGCCACUUGUUUCAAAGAAUAUCUCGGUGAAGAGAAAUUGAAGAAACUCAUUAACUUCAUCCUCAUCUACAUCGCAAAUUUAGACAUUCCAAUCAAGCGUGGAACUUUUGUAGAGUUCCGAAACGGUAUGCUUAAUGUUUCUCCAAUAGGACGAAAUUGUAGUCAGUCAGAACGAGAUGAGUUCGAAAGAUAUGACAACAUUUCUCGCGUCCGUGAGAAAAUGGUCAAAGUUUUACAAACGCAGUUCGAAGAGUACAACCUUACAUACUCCAUCGGCGGCCAGAUAUCCUUCGAUGUUUUCCCAAAAGGCUGGGACAAGACUUUCUGCCUUCAGUUUGUCGAAAAGGACUACGACGAGAUUCACUUCUUCGGGGACAAGACACAUCGUGGAGGAAACGACUACGAGAUCUACAACUCACAAAGGACGAUUGGCCACGCAGUGACUUCGCCAGAAGAUACCCGAGAACAA